AUGCAACGCGGAACAUCUCCCCUAACGCCCGAAUUCGACGAUCUCGUCAACGCCCUCCUAGCCGAAUGGCACGUCCCAGGCACGUCAAUCGCCAUCAUCGAUGGACCGGAUACCUUCACUAAGGGCUACGGCAUAUCCAAAUACCCCAACACGCCAGCCACCCCACAAACCCUCUACUACACAGCCAGCACCACCAAAUCCUUCACAGCAGCAGCCCUAUCCCUCCUCAUCGACGACGCCGCCAACACCAACACCACCACCACCACCCAACAACCCCAACCCCUAACCUGGACAACGCCCCUCUCAUCCCUAAUCCGCUCCGACUUCGUCCUCCCAGACGCCUACGCCACCCAACACAUCACCCUCGAAGAUGCCCUCUCCCACCGAACAGGCCUCCCAGAGCACUCGUACCAUUUCCGGCCCGACAACUCAUGCACCCCCAAAGACGAGGCCCGAAGACUGCGCCAUCUCCCCAUGACAGCCGCCAUCCGCACCAAAUACAUGUACAACAGCUUCAUGUACACGGCCGUUUCGCACGCGAUCGAAACCCUCACCGGCCGCGACUUGGGCGUCUUCCUCCGGGAAAGAAUCUGGGCUCCGCUCCACAUGGACGCGACGUAUUGGACGCUCCGUGAUGCGGUGGCCAGUCGGCCGGAUGAGCUGGCGGGC